GCUCUCGGAAGCUUCAGCCAGCCGCCUUUCAGAGUCGAAGCAGCAAUCCAGGCGGCGUACACACCAGAAGCCGUUGCUCCGGUAUUUUAAGAAGGGUGUCGCCCCAGUCAAUUCCGAAUGCAGUUUUGGAAUCAUUACCUCCACACUCGUUGAAAGACUCUAAGCACAGAGAGAUACGUCAGCACAUCUUAAACAUGGCUUCCUUGCAACAUGGCAGGGUUCUCCACCUAUCCACCUUCACGGUUCCGUCUUCGGCGACACCAAUGGCGGCCGUUUCUUCUACGUACGCCACCGCCAGCGCAACAGACUCGAUCGAUUUGCAGAGAGCGGCGGCAUCGACAGUUGCUACUAGCAGCUCGUCUUCCGUAAGGAGCAUCAAGAUCGGUGUGAGCAUCCUCGCAUUCGUAUCAGUGGGUUCAUUGGCCAGCAUGAUUCUGUGAGAGCCUGAAAAAACUUCCGAGUCUUGGUUCAU